UUUUUUUUCCCUGGCAUGACCUUUUCCCUUGGCAACCACUCCUUCCUCCGAGCAUCCACGGCCAUCUUUAAUGUCAUUCGCGAGCAAAGUUGUUUCGCUCGUGUCAACGCGCCGGGCGACACAUUUGCGCACAAAGGCGUCCUCGGCGCCGCGUGCACGCGAGCCUCCCUGCGACGUGCGCCGAACAGAGCCGAGCAGCGGCGCGGCGCGCUGUCCGCCGAGAUUAAGAUGAGAAAGAAGCAGACUGCCAAACAGAGGAAGACUGAGGAGACUCCGGUUGUCCAGGACUUUGUGGUAGAAAAAAUAAUUCGCCGCAGAAUCUUUGACGGGAGAGCGGAGUACUUCCUCAAGUGGAAAGGUUUCACUGAUGCAGAGAACACGUGGGAACCAGAGGACAAUCUGGACUGCCCCGAGCUCAUUGACGAGUUCCUGAGAAACACUCACUUCCCGGAGGGGAAUGAGGAAGAUCAACGAGCCGAGCGACAGUUAAUUCCCAAAGAAGAAAUGACCGAGCAGGAGACGGAAAUUUCCUGCAUGCAGCCUCAGCAGCAGCAGCCUCAAACUGUGCAGAGCAACAGCGAGCCGGGCGACAGGCAGUCGGACACCCCGACCGACCUCAGCGCUUACCGGGAGCCUGAAUGCAUCAUCGGCUCCACGGACAGACAGGGCGAGCUCAUGUUCCUCGUCAAAUGGAAGAACUCCAGCGAUGUGGCGCUGCUGCCGGCCCGCGAGGCCAGCGCCAGGUGCCCCCAGGUGGUCAUCGACUUCUACGAGAAGAAGCUGACGUGGCACUGCGGCGAGGAGGAGCAGUGAGACGCGGCGCAGAGGCGAACUGACGAGCGGCCUGACGCUCGCUUCAACCUCCAUCAAGUGUCCUCCUUCAGCCGACCUCAGAGGCACGGCGAGUGAAAAAUCACGCCGCGGGUAGAAUUCCCCAUCCUGGCAGGUGCAAGGUCCUCGGCGGGGAUUUUGGCUUUUAGUGCACUCUGCCCCCCCCCCCCCCCCCCUGCGGUGCUCAAUGACUGAAACUAACCCUGUUGUGUAGUGCAGCUGAUUUGAGAUCAGAUUAACUUGUAGCAGCAGCUCUGGUCUCGCGUAAGCAGACUCAAACACUGUGGUCAUGUGUUGUUGUUUUUUGGUUGGUUUUGAUGUAAUAUUUCCGAGUCAGAUUUAUUCCUACAUGUAGCUUUUAGUCAGAGGUGAAGAUUGUUGAACUGUUUUAACUUUUGUUGUUUUAUCUUGUUGUGUGUGUUUUAUUGUCACAGCUGUUACUGUCACGUGGAGAAAUCACAUUUGUUUCAUGUGGAACAUUAUAAGUGCCCACCAGAAAUGUCCUCACUUCUAAUCAGUCAUGUAAUCUAAUCAUGGUUACACAAAGUCCUGGCACAAUUGAAAAAAUUGGGGAAAAAAAUGUUGAUUUGCACCUUUCAUGAAAAAUGCAUUGUUAAAUUGAUCCCAUUAUGAGAGUGUACAAACGGCAUUGUCUUGUAGUCAUUAUACAGGUGUGUGCACAUGGAACCUGUAUUUUAACUGCCCCGUCCACUGAGACAUGUCUCUCAUAACUGUUACGGGACACUCGGCUGAAGCAUAAACCUUCUGAAAACACUCCUCCUACUGAACUACUGUAGCUGUUGACCAUCGAUCUGUGAAUAAAGGAAACGUUUUAAUGAAA